AUGACGGCGGCGCUCGCCUCUGCCGGCUGCAGGGUGGUCGAGAUGCACGCGCGCUCGUCGUCGCUCGACGAGCGGCGCGUGGAGGACACCUUUGUGGUGCAGUCGGUCGGCCGGCAGCUCGACGACGACGCGCUCGAGGAGGUGUCGGCGCGGGUGCUGGCUGCCACGAAGGACCCGCUGCAGGCCCGCUCGCUCAAGGCGGAGCUGGCGCGGCUGCAGGAGGAGGUGGCGGAGCUCCGGCGGCGCAACGGCGUGCUCGAGAGGGCGAUGGCGCGCGCGGCGAUCAAGACCUUCCCUUCCGGGCAGGGCUGA